GCAUGCCCUACCCGGGGUUAAUUCGUGAAAUCUGGCGUAAUGUUCCUGGAUCCAAAGUGAGUGAUCUGCGUUCUAAUGCUUACUACCCCAACGACCCUUCUGACAUUCAGAUAAUCGAGAAUUUUGACGCACCUUUUGAUCUUGAUCGGGAUUACGGGUCAAAAGUCAAGGGUUACUUUAUACCACCGGAAACUGGACCGUAUACAUUCUUCUUGGCCGGUAGCAAUGCUGCUGAACUGUGGCUCAGUGAAAACGGACAAGAAAGUGGUUUGAAGAAGAUUGUAUCGUUCUCAAGUGGAAGUUCUCAUAAUCAAUGGAAUCGGUAAAGAAUGCCUUUUUUGUACUGGAUAGCUCUAUAGCUAUCAGUUCUAAACUGUUCUUCCUAGAGGUCCAGUAAGGAUCAUCUUUUAUUGAUCCAGUGUUACUACAGGAGGAAACCUAAACUGAACCAACUUUAUUUAUACUUGGAUAGCUCUAUCAGUUCUAAACUGUUCUCCCUAGAGGUCCAGUAAGGAUCAUCUCUUGUUGAUCCAGUGUUACUGCAGGAGGAAACCUGAACUGAACUCACUUUAUUUAUACUGGACAGUUCUAUCAGUUUUAAACUGUUCUUACUGGAGGUUGAGUGAGAGUCGUCUCUUAAAACCUAAACUACAGUUUUAAACUGUUCACCCCAGAGAUCCAGUAAGGGACAUCUCUUAUUGAUCCAGUGUUACUAUGGGAGUUACUAUGGAAAGAAAGUCAUUAACUAUCAAUUUUGAUUUUGAUUUUACUCUCAAUUCAGAUCACCUUCCCAGAGUUCCAAACCAGUCGAUCUCGAGGCAGGCCGAUAUUAUUUCGUAGUCGCUGUUCAAAAGGGAACAAGCUCAAGUGAUAGUCUUUCUGGUGGUGUUAAACUUCCUAGCGGGAGAUAUAUCCGGCCAUUGACAAAGGAAACACUACAGUGGAGAAGGCCAGGUACGGGAUAUAUGGAUAAAACUAUCUUUAUCUUCACUGGCUAGCUUUAUCGACUUUAUCAGUACUAAACUGUUCAGCCUAGAGAUCCAGUAAGGAUCAUCUCUUAUUGAUCCAAUUUUACCACAAUAGGAAGCCUAAACUAAACUAACUUUAUUUAUACUGGAUAUAGCUCUAUCAGUUCUAAACUGUUCUCCUGACAAGCUUAAUGGGGGAAGUAUAAAUACUUAGUCAACCGAGAUUCAAGAUUCAAAUUAUUUAAAUCUUUGGCAUUUUCAUUAUUGUUAGGUAACCAUUACGCUGGUCUUGUCCGUGAAGUAUGGAAGGAUAUGGGUGGAUAUCAGGUGAUAGACCUCACAUCGAAUCCCAACUUCCCUAAUAAUCCCUCGAGUGUUGAAGUCAUUGAUAAUUUUGAUGCCCCGUACAAUGUGGAGGAUAAUUAUGGAUCGCGAGUGCGUGGAUACUUUGUGGCUCCAGAGACCGGAGAUUACAGGUAUGAGCAUUUCGUCUUAACUACAAUUCUCCGAUCCGAAUUCGUGUUAUCGAUUUUUAUUUUCGUAUUUGGAAAAAAUAUUCAUGCUAAAAUUAGUUUAUAUCGAAAAUUUCAUGUUUGGCGAUGCAGGGCGCGAGUUUUUUUAGGAGUCAGUUUUUCUUACCUUUCUUCCUCCCUUCGCUUUUUAAAUUUUAAAUUCCUUCCUCGCUUUUUUCCCUUGUUUCUACCUCUCUGCCAUCCUUCCAUGAAAUCUUCCAUGCUCAUUCUCCAAUGUUAUACCAAUCUCUCAUGUUUUCUUGCAGGUUCUACCUUGCUGCUGACAGUACAGGAGAGUUGUGGAUCAGUUCAGACGACAGUGAAACGAACUUACGUAAAGUCGUCUCCAUUACUGGUUGGACAGAUCACAACGAAUGGUUAAAGUGA